UCUUUCCUUUUGCAAGAUGGCGGGCGGGGGUACCGCCAAGCGCGAUGCAGGCGAUUCGGGGUUUCUGGGGUUCCGGCCCUGUUCGGUGGACCCCGGGGCCGUAAAGCGGCGGCGACGCGGGCCGCGGAACAAGAAGCGGGGCUGGCGGCGUCUCGCCGAGGAACCUCUGGGGCAGGAGGUGGACACGUUUCUGGAGGACUUGCGGCUGCAGGAGCGUACGACUGGGGGCCGGAUCGAAGACACUCCGGAUGAAAACCUCUUCUUCGUGGACACGGGGCACAAGGAGAAGGACUUGAAGAUAAAUCAGAACGUGAAGAAGUCUUUCUGGACAGAACGGGUUUUAGAAUCACAUUCCAAAGUACCUUCCCCAAAGAACAUCCUCGCCCACCAGAUCCCCAAUGGGAAGAAGCUGAAACGCAAGCAGCGCUUGUGGGAGCACUUGGCCCAGCAGGGGAAGCUGCCCCGGGAUGUGCGGAAGGCCCAGGCCCGGCUGCUUCAGCCCCCAAAGCCAAAGACCAAGCCCUCUGAUGCCGAGGAGACAACCAGCCGUCCCUUCUAUGACCUCUGGGCCGAGGACAAUCCUCUGGACCGCCCCUUGGUUGGACAAGACCCCUUCUUCUUGGAACAGACAAAGAAGAAGGGAGUGAAGCGACCUCAGCGUCUACAGAUCAAGCCCUCUCACGCCCCGGCUGUGGAAGUGAUAUCUUCUGGUGGCUCUUACAAUCCUUCGUUCCAGGAUCACCAGGCCCUGCUCCUCCAGGCCCAUGAAGUGGAAUUGCAGAAGCAGAAGGUGGAAGAGAAACUCAGCCGUCAGCUGGCCUUCCCCACUGUGGGUGAGGCCCCCACCCAGGAGUCGACGUUCAAGGAGCUGUGUGAGGGACUGCUAGAGGAGUCGGAUGGGGAGACCCCCGCAGAACUGGAGGGAGACGGGGAUGCGGAUUCCCAGGCACACAGACCCCCAGGCCCAGAGAAGAAGACGGAGCAGCAAAGGAGGCGGGAGAAGGAGGCCCAGAAGCUGAAAGUCCAGCAGGCAGCAGAGCGGGCGGCGAGGAAGAGGCGCCAAGAGGUGUUCCAGCUGCGCGGCAUCAGACUGCAGGUGGCUCAGCGGCUGGCUGAGCUGGCCCGGCGCCGAGAGAGGCGGAGGCUCAAGAGGCUGGCAGAAGAUGAGAAACCCCGCCGGCUGGGUCGGCUCAAAUACCAGGCUCCGGACAUUGAUGUUCAGCUCAGCACGGAGCUGGCAGAUUCCUUGAGGAAGCUGAAGCCUGAAGGUAGCAUUCUUCGGGACAGAUUUAAGAGCUUCCAGCGGAGGAACAUGAUUGAACCUAGGGAAAGAGCCAAGUUCAAGCGGAAAUACAAGGUCAAGCUUGUGGAGAAGCGAUCGUUCCGGGAGCUCCAGUUAUAGCUGCAGCCCCUCUGGAUGCCUGCUCUGCCUGGUCCCUGAUGCUUCAUUAAAGUUCUUUGAUCCGGC